AUGGUUUUCCUGUCCGGAUUUGUUGCUACCGGGAAAUAUUUCAGAAAAAGGAGGACAUUUGCUGUAGGGAUUAGUUUCUCCGGGGGAGGUGUAGGAACAUUUGCAUUCAUUCCUUUUGCAAGACUGAUAAUUGAUACAUUUGGAUGGCGAGGGUCUGUGUUUGUAUUAGCUGGUGUAACUUUAAAUGGAUUUGUGUUUUCAUCGUUUUUAAGACCAUUUAUAGACGAUGAAUCAGGACUCGAAGUUGUAGAAGAAAUUGAACAAAAAUCUGCGUCAAAUAAAGAGAAUGGUAAAGAUGACACGAAAUCAGUGAUAAGAGAAAUAUCAAAUACAAUGGACGAGCAUGAUAAAGCCGGUAAUAAAGAAAAACAAACUAUUUCCUUGGCUGUCAUGAAAACAUCUGAACUAAAUACGGACACUGUUAUCACACAUUUAGAGUCGUCACAAUCUCAACAUUUGUCUAAUGCUCAGGAUUAUGGUCAGGAUAUUUCAAAAGAAGUUACGAUAGGACCAUUAAGAUAUGAAACCGACACGUUUAAAGAUAAUGAAGAAUCAAAAGAACUUAAUCUAAAGACCCCGCAAGGUGAUAAUAGCGAACAAGACGGGUUUAGAAAUGCUUUCAUAGAAAAGUUUUGUCCAAAAAGGCUAGUGACAAAUAGUAAUUUUAUUAUUCUUAUGCUAUCUAUCGUGUUUAUAGCUUUGCCAGAGUUUGUACCAUUCAGUAUGUUACCAGACUUUGCAUUAAAUGUAAACUGUAGUUCAGCACAAAGUACCUGGAUGUUGUCGGCAGUUGGUGUAGGAGGUAGGUAA